GCUGGUGGUGGGGGAGAGGGGAACAGCAAUGGAUUCCGUCUGCCUCGUCCUGCUCUUCGCCUCACUCGCAGGCCUCAGCCUCGGCGUCGAGUUCACGGGCAGCCCGGGCCAGUGGGCCCGCUACAGCCGUUGGGAGGCCGGCAGCGACCGCGCCGGCGACCUCAGCUUCCGCUUCCGGACCGACCUGGCGGCCGCGCUGCUGCUGUACCUGGACGACGGCGGCUACUGCGACUUCCUGCAGGUGUCGCUGGCGGGCGGCCGCCUGCGCCUGCGCUUUAGCGUCGACUGCUACGAGGCGGGAAGCGAGCUGGGCGCGGGCCUGAACGACAGCCGGUGGCAUGCGGUGACGCUCAGUGCGCGAGGCCUGCGCGCCGUCGUCACGCUGGACGGCGAGGCCCGCGCCGCCGAGGUGCGGCCGCGGAGGCAGCACAUGAGGAUCGUCAGCGACCUGUUCGUGGGCGGCAUCCCCGGCGACAUCCGCCGCACCGCCCUGACCUGCCCCUCGGCCCAGGAGGAGCCGCCGUUCCGGGGCCGGCUGGAGCAGCUGAGGUACGGCGCCUCGGCCCCCGCGUUGCUAGGCAGCCGUCACGUGCUGCUGCCUCAGGAGGGCUCGUGUGCCGACGACAACCCCUGCGAGCACGAUGGUUCGUGCUCGCUGGUCGAGGGGGCGACCACCUGCGACUGUACCAACACGGGAUAUACGGGGAGGUAUUGCUCCGAAGGUAAGGUGGUCCUUGCAUUAAUGAAAGCAUUGGAGUGUAAGGUUACAGAGUUCAUUGGGCUCGAUGCCUCCCCUGAUACCAGAGCUCUCCGCGCUCUCUCCUGCCCCAUUCAGUCAAUGCCAGAUCAGGUUCAUUUUCCAAAGCGCACAACUCCAAUAAAGGCGUCGCAAGUCAACCGUGUGCCAGGUUUCUCGCAUCUGAUGAUGGGUGAACAAGGCUUCUCGCAUCUGAUGAUGGGUGAACAAGCCCGGGAAGACAACAGCGCGACGUUCCGUGGCUCCGAGUACCUGUGCUACGACCUGUCUCAGAACCCGAUCCAGAGCAGCAGCGACGAGAUCACUCUGAGCUUCAAGACGUGGCAGAGGAACGGGCUGAUCCUCCACACGGGUAAAUCGGCUGAUUACGUCAAUCUGGCGCUCAAGGACGGCGCCGUCUCGCUGGUCAUCAACCUGGGUUCAGGCGCCUUCGAGGCCCUGGUGGAGCCGGUCAACGGCAAGUUCAACGACAACGCCUGGCACGAAGUCAAGGUGACACGCAACCUGCGACAGGUGACCAUAUCUGUGGAUGGGAUUCUCACCACCACUGGCUACACGCAGGAGGACUACACCAUGUUGGGCUCUGAUGAUUUCUUCUACGUGGGGGGCAGCCCGAGCACGGCAGACCUGCCCGGCUCCCCCGUCAGCAACAACUUCAUGGGAUGUUUGAAAGAGGUGGUGUACAAGAACAAUGACAUCCGGCUGGAGCUGUCCCGUCUGGCCAGGAUCCGGGACCCCAAGAUGAAGGUGCACGGGGAGGUGGUGUUCAAGUGUGAGAACGUGGCCACUCUGGCCCCCAUCAACUUCGAGACCCCCGAGGCCUACAUCAGCCUCCCCAAGUGGAACACCAAGAAGAUGGGCUCCAUCUCCUUCGACUUCCGCACCACGGAGCCCAGCGGCCUGAUCCUCUUCACCCAUGGCAAGCCCCAGGCCCGCAAGGACAGCCGGACCCUUCGGAAGACGCGGGUGGACUUCUUUGCGGUGGAGCUGCUCGAGGGGAACCUGUUCCUGCUCCUGGACAUGGGCUCGGGGGCCAUCAAGGUCAGAGCCACCAACAGGAAGGUCAACGAUGGCGAAUGGCAUCACGUGGACAUCCAGAGAGACGGGAGGUCAGGGACGAUCUCAGUGAACAGCCGGCGGACUCCCUUUACGGCGAGCGGUGACAGUGAGAUCCUGGACCUGGAGGGGGACAUGUACCUGGGGGGGCUGCCAGACAACCGCGGGGGUCUGACACUGCCCACCGCGCUCUGGACGGCCAUGCUCAACUACGGCUACGUGGGCUGUGUGCGGGACCUGUUCAUCGACGGCCGCAGCAAGGACAUCCGGCAGCUGGCGGAGGCUCAGAACGCCGCCGGGGUCAAGCCCUCCUGCGUCCGGAUCCCCGCCAAACAGUGCGACAGCAACCCCUGCAAAGCCAACGCUGCCUGUCGCGAGGGCUGGAACCGCUUCGUGUGUGAUUGCACCGGCACCGGCUCCUGGGGCAGGACCUGCGAGAGAGAGGCUUCCAUCCUGAGCUAUGACGGUAGCAUGUACCUGAAGAUCGUCAUGCCGGUGGUCAUGCACACGGAGGCCGAGGACGUGUCUCUGCGCUUCAUGUCCCAGCGGGCCUACGGGCUGCUGGUGGCCAGCACCUCCCGGGACUCAGCAGACACUCUGCGGCUGGAGCUGGACAGAGGACGUGUCAAGCUCACAGUCAACCUAGACUGUAUCGGGAUUAACUGUAACUCCAGCAAAGGGCCCGAGACGCUGUACGCCGGGCAGAAGCUGAACGACAACGAGUGGCACACGGUGCGGGUGGUGAGGAGAGGCAAGAGCCUGAAGCUAAUGGUGGACGAGGUCAUUGCUGAAGGACACAUGCUGGGAGACCACACACGGCUGGAGUUCCACAACAUAGAGACGGGGAUAAUGACCGAGAGGCGCUUCAUCUCGGCCGCCCCGUCCAGCUUUAUCGGACACCUGCAGAGUCUGCUGUUUAACGGGCAGCUGUACAUCGACCUGUGUAAGAACGGCGACAUCGACUACUGCGAGAUCAACGCACGCUUCGGGAUGAGGUCCAUCAUCGCCGACCCGGUCACCUUCAAAUCACGGAGCAGUUACCUGACGCUGCCCACGCUGCAGGCCUACGCCUCCAUGCACCUCUUCUUCCAGUUCAAGACCACGGCCCCCGACGGCUUCAUCCUCUUCAACAGCGGCAACGGCAACGACUUCAUCGCCGUUGAGCUCGUCAAAGGGUACAUCCACUACGUGUUUGACCUGGGGAAUGGACCCAACGUGAUCAAAGGUAACUCGGAGAAGUCCCUGAGCGACAACCAGUGGCACAAUGUGGUGAUCACCAGAGACAACAGCAACACACACACCCUCAAGGUGGACGCUCGCUCUGUCACCAAGGUCAUCAACGGGGCCAAGAACCUCGACCUUAAAGGUGACCUGUACAUCGCAGGGUUGGUACAGAGCAUGUACCACAACCUGCCCAAGCUGGUGGCCAGCAGGGAUGGUUUCCAGGGCUGCCUGGCUUCUGUGGACCUGAACGGCCGACUGCCCAACCUGAUCCAUGACGCGUUGCACCGGAGCGGACAGAUCGACCGGGGAUGUGAAGGGCCGAGCAACACAUGUCAAGAGGAUUCCUGCAUCAAUCACGGUGUCUGCAUGCAGCAGUGGGAGGGCUACACGUGUGACUGUACCAUGACCUCGUACAGCGGCAGCCAGUGCAACGACCACCGGGGCUGGGGCCUGCACACCGUCAACGUGACGCUGGGUCUUGUGUAUUUUGAUGAACAAGGGAAGAUCAGCAUCGUCUUCAACGUGGGCACAGACGACAUUGUGAUCAGAGAGGCCAGCGCUGUGGUCAACGACGGCAAGUACCACGUGGCGCGCUUCACCCGCAACGGGGGCAACGCCACACUACAGGUGGACAAUUGGACUCCCAACGACUUCUACCCCAUGGGCAACAUUGAUAAUGAACGACUGGCGAUUGCUAAAACGAAAAUUCCUAAAAAGUUUCGUGGGAUAGUCUUUGAUGAAUGGCUCCAAGAAAAAGGCCGCAUGCUCACCAUCUUCAACACGCAGGCCCAGAUCACCAUCGGGGGAAUGGACAGGAGCCGACCGUACCAGGGACAGAUGUCCGGCCUUUACUACAACGGCCUGAAGGUGCUCAACAUGGCCGCGGAGCGCCACGCCAACGUCAGGGUGAACGGCACGGUGAGGCUGGUGGGAGAGUCUCCGGCCGUCAUCGUGACGGAGCCCACCGCCACGGCAAUGCCCCGGGAGAUGUCCACCACCAUCAUGGAGACCACCACUACGAUGGCCACCACCACAGCCAGGAAUACCAGAGAAACGGAGCGGUACAGCAAGAAUUCAGACGACAUUAUCGUGUCUUCAGCAGAAUGCUCGAGCGACGAUGAGGAUCUAGAGGAGUGUGAGCCGAGCUCAGAUAAGACCAUAUCCACAUCGUCCUUCGAAGGUGGCUACAAAGCUCACGCGCCCAAGUGGGAAUCCAAGGACUUUAAUCCCAGCGAGGCAUCUGAAUCCGGUAGGACCUCGAGCGCAGCUUUGCCCACACAGUUGCUGAGCUCCACCAUGUCACAGCCCGUCACCCCCCCCAAACUGCCUGCAGGUAAACUCAAUACUCGCGAGCAGAUGCCCCAGCCAGAUAUAGUCCUGCUCCCGUUGCCCACUGCUUAUGAGGUAGACAGCACCAAAGUGAAGAGCCCGCUCGUAACCUCACCCGUAUUCCAUAAUGUACCUACAGCAAACCCCACGGAGACGGGCAUCAAAAGGGUCCCAGGGGCGUCUGAGGUGGUCCGCGAGUCCAGCAGCACCACGGGGAUGGUCGUGGGCAUAGUAGCGGCUGCUGCUCUGUGCAUCCUAAUCCUCCUGUAUGCUAUGUACAAAUACCGCAAUAGAGACGAAGGCUCCUAUCAGGUAGACGAGACGCGAAACUACAUCAGCAACUCGGCCCAGACCAACGGGGCGCUGGUCAAGGGCAAGGGCGAGCCGCCCGGCGCCGGCAAGGGCGGCAGCGGCAAGAAACACAAGAACAAGGAGAAGGAGUAUUACGUGUAACGCUUUUCCACAGACUGGACAUGUCCGCCGCCACUGUGCGUGCGCGUGUGUGUGUAUAACGUGCGGAGGAAAGGGCAGAGGGGGAGGAGGGCAGACGGCGGCAACGACGACGACUUGCAUUUGCAUGGACGAUUACGCUGGGGGCGAGUCCCAGGAGCGCCCUCAACACCCCCUCCACCCACCACCCACUCCACCACCCACCACCUCACGCACUGG